UACAUACACUCAUUCAUUCUCUUCUCUUCCACAAAUGGAUACUUGCUCUCAUCAGGAAGUAGUAUGAUCGAAACUGGGAAGAUGUUUAAUCUUCUCUUCUGUUCCACAAUUUUAUUUAAUUAAUGGUUUUGAGAGUAACAUGAUGCGAGAACGGAGAGCGUAAUUUAUAGAUUAAAUUGUAUUGAUGAUUCUAUAUUUAGAAGAAAUUGGAGAGGUAAUGUACGGAUGUGAAUGAUCAUGGAGAUGAUGCAAUGCUAGCAAUAGUAUUGGCCAACAAUAGGAAUUGGGAAACAGGGGGAGAGAGAGAAUCAUUGGAAUGGGUUGGAAUCAGAGAAGGGGAAGGAAGGACGGUACCACGCACAGCAAGCCUGCAUUCGUCGUUCCAGAGGGAAUUGGAUUCAAUUGAACAGUGAUUGUGAAGGCAAAGGUAAGAUAGAGAGAGACGAGUAGAAGGAGCAACACGAUGAGCUCCACCUCGCGUGGUUCAACCUCUUCCUCCAAUGGCCAUCAUGCCGUCACUGUCGCUGUCGCCGUCAACAACGACGACGAUGACGACUUGGUCGCUGAUCCCGACGAUCCUUUUGAUAUUACGAGUACAAAAAAUGCACCUACCGAGUCCCUCAAGCGUUGGAGAGAAGCAUCCUUCGUGCUCAAUGCGUCCAGGCGCUUUAGAUACACUCUUGACUUGAAAAAGGAAGACGAGAAAAAGGAAAAGAAACACAUGAUUAGAUCCCACGCUCAAGUCAUCAGAGCAGCUUUGCUUUUCAGGUUGGCUGGUGAACGGGAACUAGCAGCGCCGGCCCCAACUUCAGUUGGUGAGUACACAAUUGGGCUCGAAGAACUUGUUUCAAUGGCUAAGAAUCAGAAUAUUUCUGCUUUACAACAAUAUGGAGGGGUUAAAGGCUUAUCAAAUUUACUCAAAUCAAUUCCCGAUAGAGGGAUUAGUGGAGAUGAGGUUGAUAUAUUAAAGAGGAAGAAUGCAUUUGGAACCAAUACAUAUCCUCGGAAAAAGGGAAAAAGUUUCUGGGUGGGUUUUCUAUGGGAAUCUUGGCAAGAUGUUACCCUUAUAAUAUUGAUUAUAGCAGCUGUGGUGUCAUUGGUACUUGGAAUAAAAACAGAGGGCCUGGAAGAAGGGUGGUACGACGGAGGAAGCAUUGCUUUAGCUGUUUUUCUUGUCAUCAUAGUUACAGCUGUAAGUGAUUAUCGGCAAUCUCUGCAGUUUCAGAACUUGAAUGCAGAAAAAGAGAACAUAAAAUUAGAGGUCAUUAGAGGUGGCAGAACAAUACAAAUAUCGAUAUUUGAUGUUGUUGUUGGUGAUCUAGUGCCUCUUAAAAUAGGAGAUCAGGUUCCCGCCGAUGGAGUUGUUAUCACUGGUCACUCUCUUGCCAUUGAUGAAUCCAGUAUGACUGGUGAAAGCAAGAUUAUUCACAAGGAUCAUAAAGCACCUUUUUUGAUGUCUGGUUGCAAAGUAGUAGAUGGAAUUGGCGCUAUGCUGGUAACUGGUGUUGGUAUAAAUACCGAGUGGGGACUGUUGAUGGCAACUAUCUCAGAGGAUACUGGAGAAGAGACUCCAUUACAGGUUCGUUUGAAUGGAGUGGCUACUUUUAUUGGCAUAGUGGGGCUUACUGUAGCUGUUUGUGUCCUUGCUGUCCUCGUAGGAAGAUACUUCUCUGGCUACACGAAAGAUUUAGAUGGAAAAGUACAAUUUGUUGCUGGAGAGACCAGUACUAGUGAAAUAAUAGACGGAGUCAUCAAAAUUUUUACCAUUGCAGUAACAAUUGUGGUGGUUGCAGUGCCCGAAGGUCUACCUUUAGCAGUUAUGUUAACUUUGGCAUAUUCGAUGCGGAAAAUGAUGGCAGACAAAGCUUUGGUGCGAAGGUUGUCAGCGUGCGAAACUAUGGGAUCUGCUACAACAAUUUGCAGUGAUAAGACUGGAACGCUGACCUUAAAUGAGAUGACUGUAGUAGAGGCAUAUGUUGGGAGGAAGAAACUAAAUCAACCAGAUGACUUGACAAAAGUGAAUCCGGAAGUUCUCUCUCUGAUAAAUGAGGGUAUUGCACAAAAUACGACUGGCAAUGUUUUUGUGCCUAAGGAUGGUGGAGAGAUGGAGGUGUCAGGAUCUCCUACAGAGAAGGCAAUUCUUUCUUGGGCAGUGAAGUUGGGGAUGAAUUUUGAUUUUAUUAGAUCAAAUUCAACAAUUCUCCAUGUCUUCCCCUUCAACUCUGCGAAAAAGAGAGGUGGUGUUGCUGUGAAACUGCCGGACAAUGUAGUACAUGUACAUUGGAAAGGAGCUGCGGAGAUAGUUCUAGGAACAUGUACUCAAUAUCUUGAUUCUGAUGGUCACUUGAAAUCUAUUGAAGAAGAGAAGAUAUUCUUCAAGAAUGGUAUCGAAGACAUGGCUGCACAGAGCUUGCGUUGUGUUGCCAUUGCAUAUAGAUCGUAUGAUAUCGAAAAAGUUCCAUCUAAUGAGGAGGAAUUAAACCAGUGGUCCUUACCAGAACACGAGUUGGUCUUGCUUGCUAUCGUUGGAAUAAAGGAUCCUUGUCGCCCUGGAGUCAAGGAAGCUGUGAAAGUAUGCACUGAAGCUGGCGUUAAGGUACGCAUGGUUACCGGUGACAAUCUUCAAACAGCAAAAGCAAUAGCUUUGGAGUGUGGAAUACUGACGUCUACUGAAGAGGCUGUUGAGCCAAAUAUAAUUGAAGGGAAGUCAUUCCGUGAACUAUCUGAAAUCGAAAGGGAACAAGUUGCAAAAAAAAUAACAGUUAUGGGGAGGUCUUCUCCUAAUGACAAGUUGAUGCUUGUGCAAGCACUACGUAAAGGUGGUGAAGUUGUUGCUGUCACAGGAGAUGGCACCAAUGAUGCUCCUGCACUUCAUGAGGCAGAUAUCGGCCUUUCUAUGGGCAUCCAAGGAACAGAAGUUGCAAAAGAAAGUUCAGAUAUUAUUAUCUUGGAUGAUAACUUUGCAUCAGUAGUAAAGGUUGUUCGUUGGGGUCGUUCUGUAUAUGCAAAUAUCCAGAAAUUUAUUCAGUUCCAGCUCACUGUUAAUGUUGCGGCUCUUGUAAUAAAUGUUGUUGCAUCAAUAUCUUCUGGUGAUGUUCCCUUAAAUGCUGUACAGCUUUUGUGGGUCAACCUUAUCAUGGACACACUUGGAGCUCUUGCGCUGGCUACGGAACCUCCAACAGACAGCCUUAUGCACAGAUCACCAGUUGGCCGAAGGGAACCUCUUAUAACAAAUAUCAUGUGGAGGAACUUGCUCGUGCAGGCCCUCUAUCAAGUCAUUGUUCUUCUGAUUCUUAACUUCUGUGGUGAAAGUAUUCUACGUAAUGAGGAUUCCACAGUCCAUACCAUACAAGUGAAGAAUACUUUAAUUUUCAACGCAUUCGUCUUUAGCCAAAUAUUCAACGAGUUCAAUGCUCGAAAACCAGAAGAGAUGAAUGUGUUCCAGGGAGUGACUAAGAACCGUCUUUUCAUGGGAAUUGUUGGAAUGACAUUUGUGCUUCAGAUAAUCAUCAUCGAGUUCCUUGGAAAAUUCACAACCACGGUGAGGCUUAGCUGGAAGUUGUGGCUUGCCUCUCUUUGUAUUGGGUUUUUAAGCUGGCCUCUUGCCGUUGUUGGAAAGUUGAUCCCAGUUCCCAGAACACCACUGUCCCGAUAUUUCUCCAAGUCACUCAGAAAAUUAAAAAAGUCCAAGUCCCAUGCACAACGAUAGGAUCACUUCCACUUCAUAACUCACAUCUAACAAUAUUACUUCUUCAUCUAGAAUGUGUAAGGACCAUGAUUUUGUCAUAAAUAUAUAAAUCCUAAU